AUCUGAAAGCUGUUUUUUUGCCGCGCAUGCUGUUCAAAAACUGUUCGUGAUAUACGUUUAACGAUUUUGAUCAAAAAUUGCACUCUAUUUUUAUUAAAGCAUUUAUUGGCUUAUUAUUUAAAAGCGCGUGUAUUUUUAUUUACUCAUAUUCACUGUUCGGCCAUGGCUACCAAAACAUCAAAGCAAAAAACGGCUCCAAACAUGCAGCAGAAACAAGGAACCACAGGUGGGGGCAGUCAAGACAAAAAAGGAACGACAGGUGGGGACGGACGGGAGAAAACGAAGACUCAAGACGUAGGAAAAACAGGGCGGGAAAAGACUUCUCGGGCAGUGACCACUUCUGACAGCAAGAGGGCGACCGAAGAGGGAGGGCAGAAGCAGUUCGAUUUCGAGGAGGAUGAUGGCACGUGUAGUAUGGUGAUUGAAUGCAGGGACAAAAAACAGCUCUACUGUCACAAAGAUUUUCUGUCGAUCUGGAGUCCGGUGUUCAAAGAGAAGUGCAGUCCACCUGCAGAGUCGGAAGACAACAAAGGCAAAGACGAAGACGGACUGCAGAGACGAGUGGAAGAAACUGUGACCAAUCGACUCGAAGAAGAGGAGCAGGAGUCGAGGCAGCAGUUGUCGUACACUGCCGAUGGUCUGCUAGAACUGGAACUGGAUGAGGAUCCGGGCGACAUGAAGUUACUGCUGACUCAUCUUUACCAGCCUAACAUUCCCAUCACAGAUGAUAACGUGGAGCAGUUAGCAGCUCUCUCUCAUGUGUAUGACAUUGAGCCCCUAAGGGCGAAGAGCGAGGACUACCUGAUAGAUCAUGGACACAGAGGAAGCAAUGCCGAACUCAUGCUCCUCGCAGAGAACUACGAGAUGGAGCGUCUGCGUGAGCACCUGUGUAAGCAGGAGUCUACUAGACAGCUGUUGGUGAUAGAAGCAGAUGAGCACUUUGAGGAGUUGAAUGAGGAGAGCAGGAUGAUGAUGUGGAGGGAGAGGGCACUCUAUCUGGAGGCACAGCAGCCCCAUAUAGACGAGCAAAAUGAGAAAAUUCACAAAAUGGUGAAAGUUCUUGUACGCGGACAUCGCCCGUGUAGCACUGUAGGCGAUGACGGCGGGCCGGUCAGAAUUUCCGGAGACGCCGGCACCUCCGGACUAAGUUUCGGGUCCCUUGCGAUCACAACCACAGAUGCUAAGGGUAAAAAACGAAAAGAACAACUUCAGAAUGCUGCUUUGUUCACAUGCGAUCAAAUGAACGAAAAAUGCAGGGGCUGUAUGCGAAGUUUGGGCGAAUGUGUAUUAGAACAGAUUUCGUCUCUGGAUAAAAGUCACAAAAAGUUUGAAGAGUCUAGAAAGAAAGAGAAGGAAAAGCAUUAUGAAUACUUUUGUCACGCACAGUUUAAGUAUAUGGCUGUCUAGAUCAGACAGUGCAAACGACGAAUAGUGCAAAAUGCGAUGAAGACGAUGACGCCAUAAAUUAAAAACUCGCAUGAAAAAAGAAACUGGUAAAGAGAUCAAUCGAAUGAUAUGGUUUCAACGAACUUUGGCAUAAAAACUGUCUGCAAAUUUAUCAAGUUCACCACCCGGUUCUCUUAAAAAUGGCUAAUUCCGAUUUUUUUCUUUGUGCAUGUUAGUACAAGCUAGCUUGUUGUUCCGACCUUUUGAAAAAUGUGGAGGAACUUCGUAUUUGGGUGUGAUAAAUAUUUUUUCUUUUCCACGCGAAACCAGGGUCGAGUGAUAUACCAAAUUGAAACCCUUUCAGUCGUGAUUCGAGCGACAUU